AUGGAGGAAUAUACGGAUCAACCAUUAGGUCCCUCUCCAUCAGCUGUUUCCGCCUCCAGUGUCUCUAGCAUCUACGACAGUGGUUAUAUGGAACGUUCAGCGUAUAUUGCACCAGACAAGUUUCGCGGAGAGGAUGGCUCUGAAAUCAGCUACAUCGUUCCCCUUCCCUCGGAGAUCACCCAACAGAUUGCCAAACUCCAGAAUGCUUUCGAAAUCCCACCUCGCGCUAUCCGAGAGUCCUUGUUUGAGAAUUUUUGGACACAUUGUUAUUCCUGGGAUCCAAUCGUCGAUCGAUCUCAAGUAAUGAGCAUGGAUCCCGAGAAGAUAUCGCCUCUUUUACUUCAAUCUAUCUUCCUGGCGGGAAGCCGCAUGCUAUCACCCUCUCAACCUCACGUCUUUGCCUCGCCACAGGAUUACUACACACGAGCAAAGACGCUCUUUUGGCUUGACUAUGAGAAAGACCCGAUGAAUCUCUUGAUUGCUACAUCGCUCAUGCAUUGGUGGAAUCCACACGGGCCGGAACGUGUGUCCACGAACACAAGCAGUUUUUGGUGUCGAAUCACAGUAAGCCUAGCCCAGCAGAUGGGCCUUCACAGCAACAAAAAGUCUGUGCCCAAUGAAUCUCUGCGCCGUCGGUUAUGGUGGUCCAUAGUUGCUCGUGAUCGCCUCAUUAGCGUCGCCCAUGGACGCCCGCAAGCUAUCAGUCUUGAAGAAUGUGACAUUCCUCGGCCAACUCUGGAAGAUUUUCCAAACGCCACUUCCACAGGAUUAUUCUUCAUCGCCUAUGUUGACCUAUCGCUAAUCAUGGGACGAUUCGCCCAGCACGAGAUUCGAAAAUCGUCCAGUAAAGACUACAUCACUGGGAUUGAAGAUUCCUUGUAUCGAUGGACCAAGAACCUCCCUGAACAACUCCGACUAUCCUCUUACAACGCUAAUCGCCAGAUCUACACAUCUCAGUCUUUUAAACCUUAUAGCCUCGAAUGCCGCCAAUUGAACGUCCUCUACCUUGCCACAAUCAUUCUCCUGUAUCGCUCGAGGACUCUUGAAGGCCCAUUCCCCACCGCUGCAGUAAUCGCAGCAUCCACACUAGCAGGAGUGUUUGAAGAUUUUCUUGCCCGCGACGAGGUACGAUUCCUCGGACCGUGCUUCACCUUCCACCUUCUUGCUGCUUCUAUUGCCCUACUCUCGUGCUAUAAAUAUCCCGAAUCAUGGGCGCUUGCUCAGGAAGAUCUCAAAACGUUGGCACAGGCUCAAGAGGAAAUGAAGAAAACCUGGCCUUCUGCAUUGGGGAGCAUUGGCAGUUUCGACCGGAUGUACAAGCUCACCGUGGCUACCCAGAAGAGGGUGAUGGGAACACCUGAGAGCACUCUUACACCAUACCAGGCCGUCUUUUUCGAAGACUGUGACAUGUCACUGUGUCGGAUGUACACUGCCCUGGUGCGAAAGCCUGAACGCUACACUGGCCAAAAUCAGAGAGAGUGGUAUCUUGCGAAUGGCAACGAGAGAAACCAACCGAUGAUUAACAUGACUAGAGAAUUGAGCGAGGUGGUGCCUAUGCCGCCACCGCACUAUACUAACCAGGAAGAGCCCACAGGCCCAAAGCCUUUCCUGGGGCAGCCACCAGAUUCAGACGAGGCUAUGGCGUUUGAUCAAAUGUUUCAAGGGGAGACUGGACAAUUGAACGGUGCAAUUGGAGACUGGUUAUUCUGGGACCGGCUUGCAUUUGACGCAAGUUGA